AUGGGGAUAGUGGAAGAAGCCCACAACGUGAAAGUUUUGGGAUCGGGCACGCGGUUUAUAGUUUUGGCUCACGGGUUUGGUACGGACCAAUCGGUGUGGAAACACCUUGUCCCUCAUCUCCUCGAUGAGUUUAAGGUCAUACUCUACGACAACAUGGGAGCUGGCACCACUAACCCCGAUUACUUUGAUUUUGAACGCUACUCAACCUUAGAAGGUUAUGCCUAUGACUUGCUUGCUAUCUUAGAAGAGCUUCGAGUUGAUUCAUGCAUCUUUGUUGGUCAUUCAGUGUCCGCUAUGAUCGGUACUGCUGCUUCUAUUUCUCGCCCCGAUCUAUUCGCCAAGAUCAUCACGAUCUCCGCUUCUCCUAGGUAUCUGAACGACAUGGAUUACUUUGGAGGGUUUGAGCAAGAAGAUCUAGACGAGUUAUUCAACGCCAUGGCGGAGAAUUACAAAGCUUGGUGCUCAGGCUUCGCUCCAAUGGCCGUUGGAGGGGACAUGCAGUCAGUGGUAGUGCAGGAAUUCAGCCGAACCUUGUUCAACAUGAGACCAGACAUUGCUUUAAGCGUGUUGCAAACCAUUUUCCAAAGUGACAUGAGGCAAAUUCUAAGCCUCGUCACUGUCCCAUACCACAUCAUACAAAGCAUGAAGGACUUGGCGGUUCCCGUUGUGGUGGCGGAGUAUCUCCACCGUCACAUUGGCGGUGACUCCGUCGUUGAGGUUAUGUCAACGGAGGGUCAUUUGCCGCAGCUAAGUUCUCCUGAUAUCGUUAUUCCCGUGUUGCUCAAACACAUUCGUCUUGAUAUUGCUACUACAAGGUAA